GAUGGCGCUAAUACAAAAUGGCGACGCCCACAGGUGAAUCGAAAGAUCUGCGUUUGCAUUGUGAAAGUGCGACAAUUUCCCAGCAAAGUGGAAUCUGCAAAUUAUGUUUGAAAGUCCAGGCCGCUUACACCUGCCCACGAUGCAACGUGUCCUAUUGCUCCCUCGCUUGUUACAAGAGUGAGAAACAUGCCGAUUGUUCAGAGUCUUUCUACAAAAACAACUUUAUCCAGGCACUCAAGGACACUAAAGGAAGCUCCGAGGACAAGAAGACUGUGCUGGAGAUGCUGGCCAGACUCGAUGCAGAAGAAAGUGUAGAUGACAGCGAUGAUGAUGAUGAUGAUGAUGCUGAUGACAAUGAUGAGGCUGAAAGCCUACAGAAAAGACUAGCUGGACUAGAUCUUGACAAAGAGCCGGAUAAAGUUUGGGAGAAGCUGACGCCGCAGGAGAGGCAAGAGUUUGAGGAGGUCCUGCGGGCGGGAGCUUUAGGAUCCAUGCUGGAACAAUGGAUUCCCUGGUGGACAAAACAUGACAGAGAACUCAUCAGUGAUAUGGGGGAGGAUGCACAGAAGAAGGAAGUGCAAAAGGUCACCACCUCUGACCCACCCAAGCUGCUAGGCCCUGUCCCCAGACUCUCUGAGCUACUCAAGUCACCACCAUCACCCCUCCUUGUCUUCAAUAUGAUUAACGUUCUAUAUUGCUAUGCAUUUGUUGUUAGGUUUUACAAUGGAUCGCACAUGGAGAUACCACUACAUGCUGUCCAGAGCUUUCUGGAGGUGUGUCCUGGGAUGUCAGCUAAUGUCAGUUUUUCGUCAACAGAGGACGCUCUUCAAAGUGCAGUACAUACCAUUACACAGAUGAAAUCUGUCCCAAGUGAAAGGAAACAUCUAGUUUCUCUCAUCCAAGAUGUCGUCCAUAUAAUGCUCGGUAGGAGCAAGUCAUCUCCAUCCCUCUAUGUGGAGUCUGCAUUGUCUGAUCUUCAUCAACUUCUAAAACGGGCAAAGCUCAUAUACAAAGUCCCAGAAUCAACUCGGUCAGAUAUAAAGAAGUCCAAAUCGGCGAUGUUUCUUGCUAAGAAGAAGGUGACCUUUUACCUGGCAUGGAUCAGAGAAAACCCGGAAGCCUUGAAGAUGAAAGCAGCGGAAGUUAAACUUUUGCACAGAUCCAUGGAGAGAGACUUGCAGAAGCAUGAGCAGGUGAAGGCUGGAGUCGAGAAGAAUCUUGCAGCUGUACGGCCGGGACAAAGCUCCAAGCUCAUCGAAGAAAUCGGCUGAAAACUACAUCUAAUACACAAUACAAUCACUGGUAGUCCAUCGAUAACCGUGACGACAUGAUAAAACCCUUAAGUGUUUUCUUACAUGGCUCCACAUUCCAAUUCUGCUGGCACUGCAGAAGCCUUAUAUACAUUUAGUGUAUUCAUGGAUAAUAUCAUGACACUCACAUAGAGGCUGAAAGCCUGUCUGCACUAGUUUGGCAAGGAGGGAUAAGACCUCCCUGCAAGGUAACUGACAGGUGGUUAUCUUAUCAAAUCAGCUCUCAAUAAACAUAAGAAAAAUAGAUCAUGGCGGAUCACAUGGCGGAUCAACGGCUACCGCUUAGGCAUUGUUUGCUUUAUAGAGUGCUCAAGUAGCUACAAGUACUGAAUUAGUGCAGUCCCGCUUGAAGACUAAGAUACCUGAUGUAAUGCCAAGACUUCAUGUCAAAGUUUCCAUCCAACCUGGAGCAAAGUGCCUUGUUUUCAGCUCAGAAGCAGUUUGGUAUGAUAUUUGUAACGUGAUAGCGGGAAACCAUGAAUAAGGUGUCAAUCUGACCAUAGAUCAAUAGAGAAUAGAGGCGACUUCUUUGAAUUAUUGUAAUUGAAUCUAUAUUCAGGAGUGAGAAAAUUGCCAGUUUGUUGGUAAAACAUGAGUUUUUAACCUUUCAAUAUAAAUGCGCAAUUUUCCUGUAAUGUAACUUUGAUAUUUUGUGCCAUUGUUAACACCACAGAAAUGGUCUUUGUUGAAUGGUUAGUUCUAUAAACAACAAAAAGAUAAUAGAUACAAAAUUAAAUUCUGUUAUGGCAAGUGGCCCAUCAGAUAAAUGUGGUCUGAAAAAUAAGCUCAUCAAGUUGUGGGUAUUUACCUGUGUAUGAAAAGAGAUGUCAGGCUACAAAUAUGCCUAUCUAUCAAGGUGUUCUUUUGAUAAGCAGUCCUGAGCAAUCAAAUGAAAAUAUGUUAAUCAGCACACAUCAUGUUUCUUUAAGAUAAAUAAAGAAUAUUUUCACAAAAA